AUGAUGUCGAGCUUGCCAAGCUUGGAUAUUGGCUUCGGGACCUCGAUAGCUGAAUUAGUAUCAGCCCUACGUCAGGUGGCCUCUAUUCGGCUUCAGCGCAUCUUGUUCCCAGGCGUUAUCGUCCCUUUGUUGGUUUUACGUGAAAUGAUCUGGGCCGCGUACACACUCAUGAGGAACGAUGACUUCUCACCCUCCAAGUCUCAAACCGUAGGAUUGUUUGUUGGCCUUUUAGUCCUGCAUGGAUUACUUAAUUGCCUGGCGACAAAAGCUCUUGCGGGGAUCACCAAAUCAUUUAUCUUCAUCAAUCUGACGGGAACUAUGGCUGUAAUUAAUGGCUUGCUGGCGACAACCCCCGACAAACACGAUGCCACUUACAUUUUCAACAAAGUUGUUGAUCAAACUGGAUGGGGAAAUGAUGGGUUAGCGUUUCUCUUGGGCUUAUUGAGUGUCCAAUGGACCAUGACCGAUUACGAUGCUACUGCGCACAUCUCUGAAAAGGUCAAACAAGCGGCUAUCGCCGCACCUGUUGUGAUUUUCGUUGCCGUAGCUGGGACGGGAUUGUUUGGCUUUGUUCUCAACAUAGUCCUUGUCAUGUGCUCAGGCAACAUCGAUAUCAACAACCGCGGCGGCUGUUGA